AUGGGUCGGAACAGAGACCUUACUAACGGAGAAUGCCGCACUGUUGAAAUACUCGAGAAACAAGGCAUGUCCGCUGCAAAAAUUGCAUGCGUCCUUGAACGAUCAGCUACUGGUCAAAAGCUAAAGAAUAGUGGCCGAAAAUUAAUUGUCGAUGAUCGUUCUGAACGUUUAAUUCUUCGAAAAAUUAAAGCAAAUCCAAUGGUGAGGAGAAUGUCAAAACGCCUGCUUGCCACUAAAAUCUCAUCUACUAACAUAUCUCCACGUACCCUGAUAAGAAAUUUAAAGAAAAAUGGUAUCAAAUCCAAUAUUGCACGCAAAAAACCAUGGGCUAAUGAAGCAGAUCGAAUCAAACGAUUAAACUGGGCUAAAACAAAAUUGGACCAAAGAUUAGCGACGCCAACCGUUAAAAGUGGUCGAAAAUCUAUUAUGGUCUGUGGAUGUAUGAAUGGUGAAAAGUAUGGGAGCAUUAUUUUAGAUGUAAUUUACCCAAUGAUUAUGGUUGCAGAAGAGGCGAUAUUUCCAGAGGACAAUGCACCAAUUCACAGGAGCAAACCUGUAAAGAUAAUCGUGGAAUUGGACAAUGGAGUGGUCACCACAAUCACCAGACCUGAGUCUAAUUGA